CUGCCUUUGCUUCUGCCCUUUAUUAUUGCAAAAAGGUUCCGCAUCCACCUUUUUUAAUUGACUUUUCGUCACAAAAGAUUUCUCCACAGAUUGUUACCGAAAUACCUUCUUUCAUGUCUGGACAGGUAUGCAUGGUGAUGCGCGUUAAUCUGGAUUGCCCUUCUUGCUGCAGGAAAAUGAGAAGAAUCAUUCUCAGAAUGAAAGAAAUAGAGAUGCACCUGAUAGAGAAGCAACACAACAGAGUGAGCAUCUUUGGCCGGUUUGAUCCAGCAGACAUAGCCAUAAGAAUUAGGAAAAAAAUGAAGAGAAGAGUUGAGAUUUUGGACAUUCAAUUACCCGGUGAUGGACAGGCCGAAGAGAUGCCUCAUGCCACUGAUGGCCCUCACCAAUCCAUUAUGCAACAAGCCGCGUAACGCUGAAGCUAAUUCAGAGAAUGACAUGCUCACAAUAGGGCUUUCCGCCAGAGGAUGCUCAUACUCUUUUAGUCCAAACAAAAAAAAAAAAAUUGUUGGUUUAAGCUAGUCUGGAAGAACUAAGGCCCUCUUUGUAUACAAUACCAAAUUAAUGUAUGUUGAUGUACACAA